AUGGACAUUUUGGAUCUGAGUCAAGCACCAAUGAGAUGGGUGUUUGCAGAGUUGGUAGAGAUUUUACGAGCCUCUCAUCAAUUCACCAUUCGAUAUCAUCCACAAGCAAAUGGCCUUGUCGAAAGGACCAAUCGUGUCGUGAAGGCUGCUCUUAGAGCUGUUGUUGGUGAACAUCCUGGAAAUUGGCACAAGUACAUACCCGAGUUGUGGCUUGCUCUCAACUCUGCUAUUCACCGGACUACUGGCGAGCAGCCCUUAUACUUGCUCACUGGAAGGCAUGGAUACUUUCCUGUGGGUUUGACAAACGAAGCCAUUUUUGAUGAGAACAGCACCUUCCAACAGAGACUCAAGACAGCUCGCCGAGCAGCUGUUGAAGCUUCCAAGAAUGCUCGGGAAGUCUAUGGAAAAUCUUUUGAGGUUCAGCACCUAGAUACAGGCAAGGUUCUCCGUGCCCAUCUUAACCACCUAAGACCUUAUAAACCGUCAGAGGAACUUGCUUAUGCUGAUGAUGAAGGGGAUCCAGAUGAGCUUCUUGAAGAUAAUGACCCAUGGGUAACAGUUCUCACAUCAUGUGUUUGGGAUCCUGAAUUCAUGAAUAAGCUUGAAUAG